AUGGACGAAAAGACAUCCAUCGGUGUGACGGCUCACAAUGAGACCCUGAAUCAGGCCACCAAGCCAGGACUGGCGGACCCCGCUGACCGCCGCGAGUCUUUCGCUCUCAAUCUCGUUGAGAACCCGCUGACGCGCAGCUCUCCGGAGCAAGUUGUGCACAAUGCCCGAGCGUUUGCCGAGUCGCACCAGAUGGCUGAACACGCAGAUCUGUUCGGCCGCGCCGCGUUGGUCGCGCGCGACCCCCAGCGCUUCGAGAUGAUUACCGAUCUCAACGAGGAGGAGCGCACCGCCCUCGCCUACGAGCGCGAUCAUAAAUGGCACGGGCCUUUUAUGCUCUGGUACUCGAUUGCCUUGUGCGCCGUCGGAGCCGCCACCCAAGGAUGGGAUCAGACGGGAUCCAACGGUGCCAACCUGUCUUUUCCGCAGGAAUUUGGCCUGACCGGAGAAGGGAGAAAUGAAUGGAUCGUGGGAAUUAUCAAUGCCAUCAUUUUCUUGACGGCAGGUCUCAUUGGUGCUUUUAUCGUUGAUCCACUGAACCACUACUUGGGCCGACGCGGCGAGAUUUUUGUCACGGCUUGCUGUCUCACGGCCACUCCCAUCGGGUCGGCCUUCGCCAAAUCAUGGCAAGGGCUUUUCGCGGCACGAUUCGUCAUGGGUAUUGGCAUCGGUGCAAAGAACGCUACAGUGCCCAUCUACUCCGCCGAGAUGGCUCCAGCGCGAAUUCGAGGUGCCCUCGUCAUGUUCUGGCAGCUGUGGGUGGUAGCGGGUAUUUUCUUGGGCUUCUGCGCCAACGUGAUUGUGAAAGACACGGGAGAUAUCUCUUGGCGUCUCCAACUCGGCUCGGCAUUCAUCCCAUCCUUCAUCCUCGGCGCGGGUAUAUAUUUCUGCCCCGAGUCCCCUCGUUGGCUCAUGAAACAUGGGAAGCUUGCGGCCGGAUACCAUUCCAUGCUGCGCUUGCGAGCUCAUCCCAUCAUUGCUGCCCGGGACUACUAUUAUUCGUGGAUUAUCUACGAAGAGGAGCUGAAGGAGGCUCGCGGCGCCGGCUACUUCUCCCGUAUGUGGGACUGUUUCGCCGUGCCGCGGAUUCGGCGCGCUAACUAUGGUGCCUCGACCGUCAUGAUCGCUCAACAGAUGUGCGGCAUCAACAUCAUCUCUUUCUACAGCUCAACGAUCUUCGAAAGGGUCGGCUACACCCCUACCCAGGCCUUAUACGCGUCUCUCGGCUAUGGGGCCAUUCAAGUCGUAUCCACUAUCCCUACUCUCUUUCUCAUCGACACCAAAGGUCGACGAACCCUGACAUUGGCUACCUUCCCCUUCAUGUGCAUCUUCUUAUUAGCCGGUGGUCUGUCGCUUCUGAAAGACGAAGGUAGCAGAGGGUCUCAAAUCGGACCCGUUGUCCUGUUUGUCUACCUGUUCACGAUCUGCUACUCAUUGGGUGAAGGGCCCGUCGCUUUCCAGUACUCUGCCGAGGUGUUUCCCACCAUUCAACGAGAGCAAGGAAUGGCCUGGGCCGUGUGCAUCAACAACACCUUUGCUGGCAUCCUCAGUCUCACCUUCCCUCGAAUGCAGACCGUCAUGACUCCCACUGGCGCUUUUGGGUUCUAUGCUGGACUCAACCUUCUCGCGUGGUUUAUGAUCUUCUGCUUCGUCCGGGAGACGAAGCAGCUGACGCUGGAGGAGUUGGAUCAGGUCUUCUCGGUCCCAACAAAGGACUUCAUUCACCACGAGUUGACCGUGUGGCUUCCUUAUUUUAUCAAGCGGCACAUUUUCCGUCGGAAUAUCGAGAAGCCACCGCCCAUUAUCGCGGCAGCGGAAGGAUCUGUGGGUAUUCGGGCGGCAUAA